GAAGUCCGACUCUAUGUAAACGCUGCCUUAGCGAUCUUUAAAACUUACUAAUCGGUUGAAAAAUUAUAUAUUUACAAUAAAUAAUUUUGUGGUGGUGAAUAUGGCACUGAUUUUUAGGUUAGCUAGUAAAAGAUUUGGAUCCCAAAUUUUAAAUGCUGAAAAAACAGGUUUAUAUAGCUUUGUACGCACUGUAGCUUUACAAGCUCAACCAGCUACCUCUGAACGAGAUGAAAGUUACGAUGAAAAGAAUAUGAGAUUGAAGAGGCCUCUGUCCCCACACCUGACUAUUUUUGCUCCUCAACUAACAAGUGUAUUGUCAAUUACCCACAGAUUUACAGGUAUGGCACUUUCUGGCUAUGCUAUUGCUCUUGGACUGGGUGCUGUUGUUCUCCCAGAGUCUAUUCCACAUUACAUUGAAGAACUACAAAGUGCUCAGUUGGGUACAGCUUGCAUUUCUUCUCUUAAAUUUCUUUUAGCGUUUCCCUUAACCUACCAUUUCUGGAAUGGAAUUAGACACCUUUUGUGGGACACUGGUAAAUUCCUCACACUCAGAGAAGUAUACAUUACAGGAUAUGUAAUGUUGGUUCUGGCCUUUUCAUCGGCUGUUGCACUUUCUGUUAUGUAAUUAACUAUACAUUUCUUUUGUUGAUUUAUAAUUUUACAUACCUAUUUUAAUUUACUUUCUAGAAACAAUACAUUUUUUAUUUUAUAUUCAUGUUUAGAAAUGAGUGAUAUUUGGAACAUCAUAAUAUUAAGAUAAGUAGGUACUCAUUUCUGUAUUUACUAGAUGGUUAAACUGGAGUCUUUUGAGACAACCAAAUUAACUUUGCUUUGAGGCAAAUCAAUCGCCUUGUGUGUGGCAAUCAAAUGAUAAUCUAGUAUAUUAACAAUUUCUUGUAAACGUUUUGCUUUUUUUUUAAUUCACUUUUUGUCUUACCACAAAGUGGCAGCUCCAGAUUAUAAUAAUUUUAAUGUUUUUUUUUUUUAUGAUGUUUUAAAUACUUAUUAUUUUAAUGUUUUUC